CCCAUCGUUCCGUUCGCUUUGCCCAUACCCGCGCGUGCGCAGAGUCGAGGCCUGGCUUCUCACUACGCUGCUGUUGAAACCUUGUCGGCGGGUGGUCUGGGAGGAGGGGGACAGAAACCAGGUAGCGAUCGCGCGCGUGCGACGGUGGUGAGGGGGACGAGCGUCCGUGGGCAAGAGAGAGCAGAGUUUUGGCUGCCGCCAUUGCCGUCAGCCCGGACCCAUGAUUCCCAUAUGCCCGGUAGUUUCUUUCACCUAUGUGCCCAGCCGGCUGGGGGAAGAUGCCAAAAUGGCCACCGGCAACUACUUCGGAUUCACCCACACCGGGGCUGCUGCCCAGUAUAGCCAGCAGCCAGCUUCAGGUGUAGCCUAUUCCCAUCCAACUACAGUUGCAAGCUACACUGUCCAUCAGGCUCCAGUAGCUGCACACACAGUUACUGCUGCCUAUGCCCCAGCAGCAGCAACAGUUGCAGUAGCCAGGCCUGCUCCAGUGGCUGUUGCAGCUGCUGCAACGGCUGCGGCCUAUGGAGGCUACCCUACGGCACAUACAGCAACAGACUAUGGUUAUACACAGAGACAGCAAGAAGCUCCUCCACCACCACCUCCAGUUACAACGCAAAAUUAUCAGGACUCCUAUUCUUAUGUUAGAUCCACUGCCCCAGCUGUAGCUUAUGACAGCAAGCAAUAUUAUCAGCAACCUACAGCCACUGCGGCUGCAGUGGCAGCUGCUGCCCAGCCACAGCCUUCUGUAGCUGAAUCGUACUACCAGACAGCUCCAAAAGCCGGCUAUAGCCAAGGUGCAACUCAGUAUACUCAAGCCCAGCAAACGCGACAAGUGACAGCCAUAAAGCCAGCCACUCCAAGUCCAGCUACCACUACAUUCUCCAUAUAUCCUGUAUCUUCCACUGUGCAACCAGUUGCAGCUGCUGCUACGGUUGUUCCCUCGUAUACUCAGAGUGCCACAUACAGUACAACAGCAGUUACUUACUCUGGUACAUCGUACUCUGGCUAUGAGGCUGCAGUAUAUUCAGCUGCAUCAUCUUAUUAUCAACAGCAGCAGCAGCAGCAGAAACAAGCGGCAGCUGCUGCUGCUGCUGCAGCUGCAACAGCUGCCUGGACAGGGACCACCUUUACUAAAAAGGCACCAUUCCAAAAUAAACAGUUGAAACCGAAACAACCUCCCAAACCACCCCAGAUCCACUACUGUGAUGUUUGUAAGAUCAGCUGUGCUGGACCACAGACUUACAAAGAACAUUUGGAGGGACAGAAACAUAAAAAGAAAGAGGCUGCACUGAAAGCAUCCCAGAACACCACCAGCAACAGUUCAUCUACUCGUGGCAUUCAGAACCAGUUGCGUUGUGAACUCUGUGAUGUGUCCUGCACAGGAGCUGAUGCUUAUGCUGCCCAUAUUCGUGGAGCCAAGCAUCAGAAAGUGGUUAAGCUGCACACUAAACUUGGCAAACCCAUUCCUUCAACUGAACCAAAUGUUGUCACCCAGGCUACAUCUGCAACGUCUGCUUCCAAGCCAACAGCUUCUUCUUCGAAUAUUGCAGCUAGCAGCAGUGCUGUGAACUCUUCUGUGGCAACAUCAGCGGUGAAAAUUCUUACUCCUUCUGCCAAUGUGCUACUUAGUGCAACAUCCAACAACAAAGCAACAAUAAUUCCAGCAAAUGUUGCUGUAAAGAAAAUAUCUACACCCAAAAUUAACUUUGUUGGUGGCAAUAAACUCCAGACAACAGGAAGCAAAGUGGAUGAAUUAAAAGCAGCUGAAAAUGUGAAGACUACUCCUGUUACUGCAGUACAGACACAGGAAGUUAAACCAGACACAUCUUCUGAACCUGUAACUCCUACCACUCUUGCUGCUUUGCAAAGUGAUGUCCAGCCAGUGGGCCAUGACUAUGUGGAAGAGGUACGGAAUGAUGAAGGGAAGGUCAUUCGUUUUCAUUGCAAACUUUGUGAAUGCAGCUUUAAUGAUCCAAAUGCCAAGGAAAUGCAUUUAAAAGGAAGACGACAUAGACUCCAAUAUAAGAAAAAAGUAAAUCCAGACUUGCAAGUUGAAGUGAAACCUAGCAUCCGAGCAAGGAAAAUACAAGAAGAAAAAAUGAGAAAGCAGAUGCAGAAAGAAGAAUAUUGGAGAAGGCGUGAAGAAGAGGAGCGAUGGAGAAUGGAAAUGAGACGUUAUGAGGAGGACAUGUACUGGAGGAGGAUGGAAGAGGAACAGCAUCACUGGGAUGACCGCCGCAGAUUACCUGACGGAGGAUAUCCUCAUGGACCUCCAGGCCCUCUUGGACUACUUGGUGUUAGGCCAGGGAUGCCACCACAGCCCCAAGGUCCAGCUCCUCUCCGUCGACCAGAUUCAUCAGAUGACCGUUACGUAAUGACCAAACAUGCAGCUAUCUAUCCAACUGAAGAGGAACUCCAAGCAGUCCAAAAAAUAGUUUCCAUCACAGAGCGUGCACUGAAACUUGUGUCUGAUAAUAUGACUGACAAUGAAAAAAACAAGAGCAAGGAGGGGGAUGAUAAAAAAGAGGGUGGUAAAGACAGAGCUUUGAAAGGAGUCUUACGAGUCGGAGUGUUGGCUAAGGGUUUGCUUCUCCGAGGAGACCGAAAUGUCAAUCUUGUGUUGCUGUGUGCUGAGAAACCUACUAAGACAUUACUGAGUCGUAUUGCUGAAAGUCUGCCCAAGCAACUUGCUGUAAUAAGUCCUGAGAAAUAUGAAAUAAAGUGCGCCGUACAAGAAGCAGCGAUAGUUUUGAAUUCAUGUGUGGAACCGAAAAUGCAAGUGACCAUCACCUUGACAUCACCAGUGAUUCGGGAAGAAAACAUGAGGGAUGGAGAUGUAACCUCGGGUAUGGUGAAAGACCCACCGGACGUCUUGGACAGGCAAAAAUGCCUUGACGCUCUGGCUGCUCUACGCCACGCUAAGUGGUUCCAGGCAAGGGCUAAUGGUCUGCAAUCCUGUGUCAUUAUCAUACGUAUUCUACGUGACCUCUGUCAGCGGGUUCCCACUUGGUCUGACUUCCCAAGUUGGGCAAUGGAAUUAUUAGUAGAGAAAGCAAUUAGCAGUGCUACUGGACCACAAAGCCCUGGGGAUGCCCUAAGAAGAGUGUUUGAGUGUAUAUCUUCAGGAAUUAUCCUUAAGGGAGGUCCUGGCCUUCUGGACCCUUGUGAAAAAGAUCCUUUUGACACACUUGCUUUAAUGACAGACCAGCAACGAGAAGAUAUUACUUCAAGUGCACAGUUUGCACUGAGACUGCUUGCAUUCCGUCAAAUACACAAGGUUCUAGGAAUGGAUCCUUUGCCCCAGAUGAACCAGCGCUUCAAUAUCCACAACAACCGUAAAAGGAGAAGGGACAGUGAUGGAGUUGAUGGAUUUGAAGCUGAAGGGAAAAAAGACAAGAAAGACUAUGAUAGCUUUUAAAAUAAAAAAGUAUCCAGUGUUAACACAGAAAGAUAACAAGACCAUUUGUUGUCAGUUUUUUUCCUUAAUGUCUGCUUAAAUACAUCCAGAAAAGUUAGAAAAAUUACUUUUGUGUGGCAUUCACACCAUUUUUAAGGAUGUGCAGACUAAUUAUGGUUGGAAAGAGAUCACAAACGGAAACUGUAUUCUGAUUUUUUUUUUUCCGCCUAUCCCUCAUUGCUUUUAGGUUCUAAAAUGUAAUAAUUCCUGCUUUUUGUUCUUCAUGUUAAUUGGUACACUGUGUACUUACACCCUGACUGUAUUUAAUACUGCAUUUGUGCUUCAGUUUGUGUAUCCUGAUCUUUUAUUUAGAACUUUUAGUUACCUUUGACAAUAGCUGUAAGUUGCUUUGUAUUGGAAAUGGUGAAUACAGUUCCCCCUUCACUUAAUAUUUUAUAGCAGAACACUUUUUUGUAAAGUGAGCCUGCAGGAUUAUUUCUCCUAAAUGUGGAGCGUUAACACACUCUUAUCCUACUAUUUAAGUGCUUUCAAUUAAAUGUUUCUGCCAAUUCCGUGGCAUUUGUCUCUUUAGUGAUAUAAUGGUGUAAUUGACAGAUUUGUGUUACUCUAAUCAGGUUUGUUGUUAGUUAUGCAUUAGCAGCAUAAAUGCUAAAUCUAUACAGUAUGGACUUGCAGCCAUUUUAGCAACUGCAUAAUUGAUCAAAAAUUGCAUGACUUCCUUGUUUUUAAUAGAAGGGCUUUUUAAAAGUAUUGUUUUAGGUUUCAUGCCUAGGUGGUCUUUGUAUGCCUGACUUUGACAUAGCAAGGCCAAAAAAUAACUUUCUGAAAUUUUGCUGAAAAUUGUAAGUUAAGAGGGCAUUUUCCCCAUAUGAACAGUUGGCUAACAGUUUUCAGAGAGCUUUCAGUGUGGUAUUAAUGCCAUUAGCUCUUAAUUAAAAUUAAUGUUUGCCAUAUCAGUGCCUGUGAGAUUGCUCCUUUAAGCUAUUCUGGUACCAACCUAUUCAGUCACUUUAAUUUAAUUCUUAAAAUAUGAAGGUAGAUAUUUAUGGCAAAUUUGAAAGCUGUACAAUAAAAUCCCAGAAAAUUAUUUGUGGCCAUAGUUUAUGCUGAUGUCUCCUUCAAACAGCUGAAUAUUAUAGCAGUGGUGUAAUUCAGAUCUACAUCUGGCUGUUGAUGUAUGCUCUGGUACACAAGUGUGAUUUGUUACAGCACUACAGUGGAAUACGCAAAUAAAAACUAAAAUCUGUUAAA